CGGCACUGCCCGGAGAUGUCGGGGGUGCUGGUAAUCGCUGCCUGGUGCUUCCUGCAAGUGGAGAGCCGGCAUCCUGAAAUCAUCACGAGUAAUAGCAAUCAUGGCAAUUUCCUGGACAACGACAAAUGGCUGAGCACUGUUUCGCAGUAUGAUAAAGACAAGUACUGGAACAAAUUCAGGGAUGAUGAUUAUUUCAGAAACUGGAAUCCAAACAAGCCUUUUGAUCAAGCCCUUGAUCCAUCCAAAGAUCCAUGUUUGAAGGUGAAGUGCAGCCCACGUAAAGUGUGUGUCACUCAUGACUAUGAAACUGCUAUUUGUGUAAGCCGCAAGCACCUUCGACAAAAGAAAGGAAACUUGGCCCAGAAGCACUGGGCUGGAUCAGCUAACAUAGUAAAAUGCAAGCCUUGCCCCAUGACGCAUGCCAACGCUGUCUGUGGAUCUGAUGGACAUACAUAUACUACCAAGUGCAAGUUGGAGUUUCAUGCAUGUACUUCGGGCAAAACCAUCACAGCUCGAUGCGAAGGGCCCUGCCCCUGCCUUCUGGGACUUGAAAGUUCAAAACACAAGACGGAGAAGACUGCUUGCACAGACAAAGAACUGAGGAAUCUCGCUUCACGACUAAAAGACUGGUUUGGUGCUCUUCACGAGGAUGCAAAUCGUGUCAUCAAACCAACAAGCUCGGAGACGGCACAAGGCAGAUUUGACACCAGCAUACUACCAAUCUGUAAGGAUUCCUUAGGCUGGAUGUUCAACAAACUUGACAUGAACUAUGACCUGCUGCUGGAUCCCUCGGAGAUCAGUGCCAUUUAUCUGGAUAAGUAUGAGCCAUGCGUCAAGCCUCUCUUCAACUCUUGCGACUCCUUCAAAGACGGAAAGCUUUCCAACAACGAGUGGUGCUACUGCUUCCAGAAGCCGGGCGGUCUUCCUUGCCAGAAUGAAAUGAAUAGAAUUCAAAAGCUAAGUAGAGGGAAGAGUCUGUUGGGUGCUUUCAUCCCACGGUGCAAUGAAGAAGGUUAUUACAAAGCCACUCAGUGCCAUGGCAGCACAGGGCAGUGCUGGUGUGUUGAUAAGUACGGGAAUGAGAUAGCUGGCUCAAGAAAGCAAGGGACAGUUAGUUGUGAAGAAGAGCAAGAAACCUCAGGGGAUUUUGGCAGUGGUGGAUCUGUUGUACUGUUGGAUGAUUUGGAAGAGGAACCUGAAGCGGCAAAAAAAGACAAAGAAGGGAAACUGAAGAUUCAUGUAAGAGCGGCUAAUGAAGACGAUGAAGAUGAAGAUGAUGAUAAGGAUGAUGAAAUUGGUUAUAUAUGGUAGUGCCCAUCAUAAUGAGGACUCACAUUUUGCACAAUAUUGCAAGUCACAUCAUAUCUCUGCAGUUGUAUCUGAGAGUACCUGGCACAAAUAUUCCCUCUCUACUGAGUUUAAUUUUGUAUAGUCCAUUUAAUUUGGAAGACAAGGUUUUUUUUUGAAGCAAGGACUGUUUGGAAUACAGCUUUUGUUCAGUUGGUUUGGGGGAUUUUUGUUCUAUCCACAGGGGCAAUGAGUUUUGUUUCAAAAACAUUUCAUGUCUUAAUCCUCACUUGCACAGCUUAUGAAAUACAUCCUGUGAAAGAAGAAUCGCAGAAGGGGCUCAACAAACCAAUACAAGGCUUAGAAGCCCUUCUCACAUUAGAGAAUUUGUGUCAUAAAUUGUUGCCUGGACCAUAUCAGAAACGGUUAUUUUUCUUUCAUGAAGAAGGAAAAGUAGGUGCCUCAUUUUCUAGUCCAUAUUUGUUACGUUCCAGUAAAGAACAAGUCUCUUUGGAUAGUGACUUCUGGCUGCCCAGCACCAGGGGUUUAAUCCAGAAAGAAACCCACUGGCAGGAUUUUCUCUUCCUCACAUUCUCUGAGAAUGAGUCCAACAGGCUUAGUCCAGCCCACACUGAAGGCAAAGCUCCCACCAGAGCAUAGAUCAGCUCACUGACGCUAUUUAUUUGGUUAAGGAACAUGGCCUUGACCUUAAGAGAUGCUGAGAACCUGCAGCUAUCAUGGACCAAGCCCUACAGGCAGGGAACAGAGUCCAUCUGCCUUUCAAAGUGUUUUAAGGAAAGAGUGUUUUUGUGAAUUUGUAGCAUCAUAACCACCUCCAUAGCUGUUCCUCAGCUUCUGGCGGAACUCCUUUGCACUAAGAGUUGCACUGACAUCGUGCAGGCAGCCUCUGCUUCCUGCUCACACACUAUGGAUCUGCCUGUUCUUCAUUUACUUUUAGCAAUCCCUCAUUCCAAAGUUAUAAAGCUGUCGAAGACACUAACCAUCAAAAUUAAUAAGCUGUCGUUUCUUUAAUUUAAAUAGUUAAUAUUUAUUUGGCCUGUUUAAAAAAGCAACCUUAGGUGGUCAUGUUUCAAAAGCAUAACCCCUUUGCUCAGCAUGACAAGCUGCACACACAUAAAAGAGAAUAGUAUUAAAAUACAAUCUGUGACUCCCUCAGCAUCUCCCAUAUAUUCAUAGCUCUUCAAUUGUAUCACAGCAUAUUGACAUUAAAUUAUUUGUUGUGUCCUUUCCCAUUGUAGUUCUCUGAUGCAGCAAUGUACUGUGGUGACCUUUUAUUAUUUUUGCUGUUUUCAGAAACAGUAAGAGGUACCUUAACCCCACUCUUGCAUGAGGAUGCAGAUAUAAGUAUUUUAGCAGUGCCUGUGAUUUGCCUGUGAGUUCUUCUGCAGAAUGAAAAAUGUGCUUAUUAUACAGAAAACUAAUUGGAUCGAAUUUUUUUUUCCUCUGAGUUAGUGUUGGAUAUAGAGGUGGAAACAGUGUGGAGUCAAAACAUAGCUGGUUACGUAUUCACUCGAAAGCAGGAAAAUGCCAUGCUGGUUGGCAGAAGUCAAUUUUUUAGGGUCCUCGGCCCCCUCCAAAGUCAAUGCCCACUGCAGAGCCUGGCAGGACUCUACAGCCCCUCUCCUCCUCUGUGUAAGACCUCUGCUUUCAGACAUGAUCAGAAAGAAGAGCAGUACAGAAGAGGAACUCCUUUCAGACACCAUGUGUUGCAGGGGCUCAGUUGUUUUCUCCUCUUUCAUUUCCUAUUUAUCUAGAUCAAUGACCUGAGAACAAAGAGCAAGCCUGCAUAAUUGUUAUUAAUGCAGCAGGAUGUGUAAAAUCGUGAGGAAUUUGUUGUGUGUUGUUUCACACCCCUGCAUCCUCCCAAAAAUCUGCCAUCACAGUUAUUUGCAAAAGGCCUGCAAUCUGCCCUGCCUCAAAUCCCUUUGGUUUUCCUAUAGCUUUUGAAAAUUGAUUUAAAAAUCACUGUCCAUGAGCUGCACAGCACACACACACACGCUUUUUCUACUUGCCUUUCAUAGAAAAUGAUGCUGACUUGCAAGAGGAACAGAUACAACCAGCAUUUCUGUUUCCUUAAGUAGUAUGAUUUUGUGAGAAGCAAUUGAACACCAUCAGUAACUUGCUUCUCAAACAUCAUGGCUGAUUUCCUUCUGGUAUUUUAUUAAUUAAACCCAUACUCUCUGGGUCUAGCUCUGCUGUCCUGUG